GAUAUCUGUGGUAAAUCUUUUUCACAAAACGGUAACUUAACUAAACACAUACGUAUUCAUACAGGAGAGAAACCAUAUCAUUGUGAUAUCUGUGGAAAAUCGUUCUUUGACAAUAGUGGCUUAGCAAAGCACAGACGUAUUCAUACAGGAGAGAAACCAUAUCAUUGUGAUAUUUGUGGUAAAUCAUUCUCUUCAAAUAGUGAGUUAGUGCAACACAAACGAAUUCAUACAGGAGAGAAACCAUAUCGUUGUGAUAUCUGUGGUAAAUCAUUUUCUCAGAGUUAUAACUUAACUAAUCACAGGCAUAUUCAUACAGGAGAGAAACCAUAUCAUUGUGAUAUCUGUGGUAAAUCAUUCUCUCGUAAUCAUGGUUUAACUACGCACAAACGUAUUCAUACAGGAGAGAAACCGUAUCACUGUGAUAUCUGUGGUAAAUCAUUCCCUGAAAGUAGAUUGUUAACUACACACGAGCGUAUUCAUACAGGAGAGACACCAUAUCACUGUGAUAUCUGUGGCAAAUCAUUCUCUGAAAGUCCUGCCUUAACUAUACAUAAGCAUAUUCAUAGACCAGGGAAACCUUAUCUCUGUGAUAUCUGUGGUAAAUCAUUCUCUCACAAAUGUGGCUUAGCAAAUCACAGAUAUAUUCAUACAGGAGAAAAACCAUAUCACUGUGAUAUCUGUGGUAAAUCAUUCUCUCAAAAUAGUACCUUAACUAGACAUAAACGUAUUCAUACAGGAGAGAAACCGUAUCAUUGUAAUAUCUGUGGAGAAACAUUCUCUGAGAAUCGUAUCUUAACUGCGCAUAAACGUAUUCAUACAGGAGAGAAGCCAUUUCACUGUGAUAUCUGUGGUAAAUCAUUCGCUCAAAAUAGUACCUUAAUUUCACAUAAACAUGUUCAUACAGGAGAGAAGCCAUUUCACUGUGAUAUUUGUGGUAAAUCAUUCUCUCAGAGUAGUGGUAUAACUGCACACAAACGUAUUAAUACAGGAGAGAAACCAUAUCAUUGUGAUAUUUGUGGCAAAUCAUUCUCUGUAAGUAGUUUGUUAAAUAGACACAAGUGUAUUCAUACAGGAGAGAAGCCAUUUCACACUGUGAUAUCUGGUGGUAAAUCAUUCGCUCAAAAUAACAGCUUAACUACUCACAGGCAUAUUCAUACAGGAGAGAAGCCUUAUCAGUGUGAUAUCUGUGGUAAAUCAUUCUCUGAAAGUAGUUCGUUAACUAGACACAAGCGUAUUCAUACAGGAGAGAAACCAUAUCACUGUGAGAUCUGUGGUAAAUCAUUCUCUGUAAGUAGGUCGUUAACUAGACACAAGCGUAUUCAUACAGGAGAGAAACCAUAUCACUGUGAGAUCUGUGGUAAAUCAUUCUCUGUAAGUAGGUCGUUAACUAGACACAAGCGUAUUCAUACAGGAGAGACACCAUAUCAAUGUGAGAUCUGUGGUAAAUCAUUCUCUGACCAAAGUGCCUUAAUUGUACACAAACGUCUUCAUACAGGAGAAAAGCCAUAUCACUGUGAUGUCUGUGGUAAAUCAUUUUCUCAAAGUUGUAUUUUAUCUGCACACAGGCUUAUUCAUACAGGAGAGAAGCCUUAUCAGUGUGAUAUCUGUGGUAAAUCAUUCUCUGUAAGUAAUGACUUGAUGAGACACAAACGUAUUCAUACAGGAGAGAAACCAUUUCAUUGUAACAUCUGUGGUUCAUCAUUCUCUCGGAGUUAUUGCUUAACUACACACAUACGUAUUCAUACAGGUGAGAAGCUAUAUCGUUGUGAUAUCUGUGGUAAAUCAUUCUCUGACAACAGUGGCUUAACAAAGCACAAAUUUAUUCAUAUAGGGAAGAAAGGAAAAGGGUAGUUUCUAGUUUACUAUAUAUUUAUAAUAUUCCUCUGAUUUAUACAAUGGAAAUUCCUAAAACUUUUAGAUGUUUUUUUGUUUUUGUAAUUUUCACAUUUUAUUCCAUGGUGUAAGGAACUCUGUACCAAAACUCUUCCCCCUCCUGUCAACCCUUCACAUGAUUCUUUAUUGAAUUACGCAUCCUCACAUUUUGUUCAUUGUUUAUCUUUUAAAUGCUUCACUCAAUAAAUAUGUUAUACAAUAA